AUGUGGCUAGAAGAUAAAAUCUGGAAUUUCAGAGAUCACCAAUGUUAUUAUGAGACAAACUGCUAUGCUAGCGAUUUCAUCGAGAGCAACAAAGAUAAGCUGGACAGCCUUCUCCAAUCACAAGUCCACAAAUGGACUCCAUUCACCCACAAAUGGACUCCAUUCACCCACAAAUGGACUCCAUUCACCGUAGCUGAAUUUAGGGCCUUUCUUGCUGUGGUCCUGAACAUGGGCUUAAACCAAAAGCCCAAUUACAACGCUUAUUGGGACACCUGCCACCAUAGCCAAGAAACACCAUGGUUCCCUGCUCAUUUUAAUCGCGACAGGUUUCAGAUCAUUCUGAAAUUUCUGCACUUUGCUGACAACAGCCAGAUGCCAGAAAGGGAUGAGCCAGAUUAUAAGCUCUACAAGAUAAAAGAGAUUGUGGAUUACUUCAACCAGAAAUGCAUCUACCACUACCAUCCCUUUCAAAAUAUCAGCAUUGAUGAGAGCAUGAUUGGGUUCAAAGGGCGAACCCCCUACCUUCGCCAGUACAUGCCCAAUAAAAGGCACUUAAGGUUUGGCAUCAAGUUGUGGUGCUUGUCAGACAGCUCAAAUGGCUAUCUAUGCCAGUUUGAAAUUUACACAGACUCUCAGGCUAAAAGACCAGCAGUUCCUCCAGCCAGGUCAUUCACCCACGAACUUAUUAUUCGUCUGCUGACCAACGCAGACUUGCUACACCGAGGUCAGCACUUGGGUGUUGAUAAUUUUUUCACCUCGUCUAAAGAACUUACAUCAGCAAGGAAUGGCAACCUUCUAUGUUUGGCCUAUCAGGACAAUAACAGAAAGCCUGUUCUGUUGUCUACCAUGGCAAAGUCUGGCUUCAUUGACACAGUCAACAGUAGGAACCAAGCUGUCAGGAGACCUGCUGUUAUUCAUGCUUACAAUGAAGCAAUGGGUGGUGUAGACUUGGGGGAUGAAAAACUAUAUAUGUACCUGGCUGAACGUCAAACCCUCAAAUGGACAAAUAAAGUUUUCUUCUCAUUGUUAGGUAGAGCUGUGCUAAACAGCUAUAUAUUAUACAAGCUGAACACUACAGACAAGCCUGUGCUUUUUAGAUACAACUUCAUCAUUUCUGUUUUGGAGAGCCUGUCCUCUAAAUUCACACCAGCAAAAAUUAUUCGUCGCAAAUGGACAAGGGAGGAAAUAUCAACCACCAGAAAGGGUGUUGAGUCCCUAGUGCCUUCUGCUUCCAGUCAUCCACUAGGUGGCCAUGAUUUAGUGUAA